ACAUUCAGAUCUUUCUCAAGCACCAGACUCAGAGAUAAGAAGCGGUUGCAUUUAUGUUGACUGCGGAAUUUGGUCACCGAACGACAUCGACUGGAAUUUUGACCAGAAGAUCAGGCCUUCAAGCUUCAGGCCCAGGGCUACAAAUGGUAUGCUUCCUUCCUUUCCUCCUAUGUUCAAGAAUAUUGCUGCAAAUUGAAUGACCGUGAAAAUGCCAAUGACUCGGAAAUGUGGGGCGAAGAGCUAAGAUCCUGGUGAAAGGAGUCCUAUGCCCAGCUUGAGUCGGAGAAUUGUUGUGCAUGAGCUUCCGAGGACAAACAAAUAUACUGUUUUGCUCACAACUGUCACCGAAGCAUGGCUGAACGCACGAAUUCUAACAUGUUAUUCGCUAAUUUUAACCAGGAUUUUUCCUGCAUCUCUGUAGGGACACGGAAGGGCUACAGUAUCACCAAUUGUGACCCAUUUGGACGCGUUUAUACUAUGAAUGAUGGUGCAAGGGGAAUUGUGGAAAUGCUAUUUUGCACGUCUCUCAUCGCGCUAGUGGGCGCUGCGGAUCAACCUCAGUCUAGUCCGCGAAAACUGCAGAUUGUGAACACCAAACGCCAUUCCAUGAUCUGCGAAUUGCUUUUUCCAUCUUCUAUCCUUGCCGUUAAACUGAACCGGAAAACCCUCGUAAUUGUCCUAGAGACCGAAAUAUACAUUUAUGAUAUCUCGAACAUGAGAUUACUUCAUGUUAUUGAAACCACGCCCAAUCCAGAAGCAAUAUGUACUCUAUCUCCUUCCGCCGAUAGCUCCUACCUUGCGUAUCCUUCACCUGUUCCAUCUCCGGCGACACCUGGCACUUCAGCGAUAAACUCUGUACCUUCCUCAUCAUCUAACGCUGCACCACAGUCCGGAGAUGUGCUUCUCUUUUCCACCCGCUCACUCACCGUCGCCAAUGUCAUCCAAGCACAUAAAUCUCCAAUCUCAUUCCUUUCUAUCAAUUCGACGGGAACUCUCCUCGCUACCUCAUCCGAUAAAGGAACUGUCAUUCGUGUUUGGACUAUUCCUGGUGCAGAAAAGCUAUAUCAGUUUCGUAGAGGAACACGAGAGGCGAAGAUAUACUCCAUGAACUUCAAUUCCGUGUCGACCCUGCUAGCUGUUAGUUCCGCCCAUGACACAGUACAUAUCUUUAAGUUGGCCCGCGGGAAGGAAGGCUCAGGUUCUACCAAUGGGAAAUUGUCUAGCCCCUCUCCGUCAUCAGAUUCUGUGGACACUGUCGAGGGUGGGGUCGACGGAGGUUAUGAGGCGUUUAUCGAAAAGAAAAAGAAUGGAGGUGUCUCGUCGAGCUUGCGGAAGCGAUCAUUGCAAGUGACCAAGACACUCUCGCAUUCAAUGGGUGGAUAUUUACCAAAUACGCUCACGGAAAUGUGGGAACCAUCACGAGACUUUGCUUUUUUGCGGCUCCCGACGAGUGGUGCUCGGUGCGUGGUGGCCUUGAGCGGAACAAUGCCACAAGUCAUGGUCAUUUCGUCUGAAGGCUACUUCUACUCGUAUAAUAUCGAUUUAGAGAACGGAGGGGAGUGUUCGUUGAUGAAGCAGUACAGGUAAUUGAUCGGUUUUCCAUAGUUCGUGCUAUCUCACCCAAUCCGCCUAAAUUCAGCUUGCUCGAUUCAGGUGAUGACUCAUCAGGGCUAGCAGAGUAACAUUUAUCUCUUCCUCAUUCUUAUGGCGUUUUUAUGAGAUACCUUAUGCUUACGAUGUUAGUACAUAAUGCUUGUGUUCACUGGUACAGACUUUGGGAAUUGGACGAACGAAGUUGGAUUGUGUUUGUAAUCUUUGAUAGUACGGUAUCGCGGCAUUAGCUUUAUAGCCCCAGCUUCUAUAAUGUUCUUUCCCCUUGCUUCCUUUCAAUGAUUAUUUCGAUUCAUUGUGUUCUAGGGGAUGCGUACCCGGCUCUCAUAAUACAGACUCUACCUAG